AUGCCGAGUGUAGGCAUAACCCGGACCGGGUUGAUAGAAGCUAGGAAGAAUCCAUUGGCCCGGAGAUUUGAAGUCAGAGAUGAAGAAGUCAACUUUGGAGAUAUAGUGAGACGACCACCUGUGGCGUGGAAGCCGUUCGCCUUCAUCAGGAGUCCCUACAGAUAUGGCUGCUCGAUCUUGUGUAAUCAUCCUGUUGAUCCAGAAUUUCGUGGUGCACUGAGAGACAAGGAAAUUUGGUUCUCGGGAUGCCGUUCGCUACUGACGAAAGAAGAUUUCGACCGGAUCCAGUACAUGAUCCACAACAUCCGGACGGGUUCCCGAGGCGGAUCAGGCAACACGACGCCGGGCGUUUCUCGGAGAGGUUCGCGACGGCUGAGCAUGAUACAGGAUGACGGCGCAUUAACGAGACGACCGUCGGGGAUCGCACCCAGUGUGAAAAUUUCCCGCCCGGGUUCCCCCGUGAGGCGGAGAUGCGUCACACCUGACGCCGCCCCCAGGAACCGGGAACAGUUCAUUGUGGAUCUCCUGCAUUUGAGACGAACGAAGAGUUUCGACGCCUUGAGCUCAGCGACCCACGCAACGACAGACAGAGACGUUUGGGACGGUGCAACGGAACGAAGCGUGUUCAGCGACUUGGAAGACUGUUUCCGAAUCGACGUCGCUUGCGUGACGGACGCCGGUGCGGACGUUGGGAGACGUCGCGUCGUGGCUAGGUUGUUUCACGGUCGGCGCCGGUCCUCGUCUGCCGAGUCGGUCGAUGCCGUGUCGUCGAUAGGGACACGAACGAAGAGUUUCGACGCCUUGAGCUCAGCGACCCACGCAACGACAGACAGAGACGUUUGGGACGGUGCAACGGAACGAAGCGUGUUCAGCGACUUGGAAGACUGUUUCCGAAUCGACGUCGCUUGCGUGACGGACGCCGGUGCGGACGUUGGGAGACGUCGCGUCGUGGCUAGGUUGUUUCACGGUCGGCGCCGGUCCUCGUCUGCCGAGUCGGUCGAUGCCGUGUCGUCGAUAGGGACGUCAUCCGUGGUGGGACACGACGUGACUGCGAGGCCCCGUCCCUCAUCUGCGCGACCGCAGGUGGGUCAUUUCUUUUAUGUAAAGAAAGAUUAUUUCAGUGGAACGUUUCCAUAG